UGUUAUUUCCUAUCUUCCAUUUUAAAUCACUUGAACAUUCUUUUUGUGAUUAUUAAAGUCACUUAUGCAAUUGUAACUUCUCUUUCAACAAUUCAAAUGAUUUGAAACAGUAUUUUUAAAAAAAAUAGUAUCAAAACCUAUGGUUUGUUUAUUUAAUUUCCACCAUCUAAAUAUUUUUAAAAAAUUCAUCUAAAAAUAAAAUAAAUUUCAGAAUAAUUAAAAAAUUUCACAACGGAAUGAUCUCUACAUGCUAUAGAUGAUUGCACGCUUUAAAUUCAGUGUUGCUACGAUUUGAAGUCGGAUUAUCUGUUCUGAUCAACCGGAAGUUAUCGGUUAUCGCUCGCCUAUAACAUUUUCUUUCCAGAUUCGAAUAGGGUUGGAACAUGUGGAAAUGUGUUAUACAUACUUUUUAAACUUUUGUAAUAAUUUGUAUCUCGUCAAAUUUAAUGAAACUGGUAUCUUCUUUCCGUUGAUUGAUUGUACGCAUCGUAUUAAUGAACAAUAUGUGUCUUUUAUUUUCUUACGUUAUCGAUUUCUCCUUCUGACAUUCAACUUUGAGAUAUUGCUAUAAUAAGUUGCUUCCAUUUAUGGUUUAAAAUAGUACACCGCCAUGCACCCAAAUCCUUUAGAUCGAUUUCUAUAACUAGUAUAUAACUUUUGGCCACAAUCUCAACCAACCUUACACACUAGUAUAUAGCAACACAACGGAUUAUUAUCAACUCCUAAACAAUUUCAUUUAUUAACUCCCCAGCACUUUUGCCCCUCUAUCUAUCUAUCUAUGUACUAUGGGCCAUUUUGACAUCAGAAGGCAACACACAUAUAUAUAUAUAUAUAUAUGAUGGUGUAUUCGGUGCACCUAUUUUUUUGGGUGCACUCAGUGCACCCGCCUCAUAAUCGUCAUUAUGAGCAUGCGAUUCAUGUCAAAACGGUAUCAAUUGUUGCUUAUGAUUUUAUGAACCAGAAGCACAUGAAUUUGAAAAAAAAUCAUUCAAAAUUUACUUUAAUUCGAAGGAUUUAGAAUUUGGGGAUUUAGGGUUAGGGUUUAGGUUUACAAUUUGGGAUUUUGGGUUGGGAUUCAAAAUUGAAGGUUAAAGGGUUAGGGUAAUAGAUUGAUUUGUUAUGAUUCUAUGUCAUAUCAUCAUAUUAGAUUGACAGUAGUAAUUAAAGUUCAAAAUUUGAUGUAUUAUGGACACUUUUAGAGUUGGGUGCACUGAGUGCACCCAAAAAAGUGAGUGCGCUGAAGUAGCCACCAUAUAUAUAUAUAUAUAGUGGAAAUUCUCCAUUUCGUGGAGGGUUGACUUUUGUUUCACUACUCAGUGAUCGUAAUGAAUAUAUCUAUCUGAAACAUGCACCCCAGUUGGUAGCCUUAGCCCACAAGAGUUAAUUAUGGCGGACCAGCUUAAUUCCAGCCACUAAUUCAUAUGUUUAUGCUCCAUUAUAGAGUGUUAUGGUGGAGAUCCUAUUCCUCUCAAAUCAAAUAAAUAUAUUCUGAUAUUUAUCAGAAUGUAUAACAAUGUGGAGCCUGCAGCCUUUCGGCUUUCUAUAUAUACUUAGCUCUUCUCUUACAUCUAAACACAGGGGGGGGGGAAAGAUUACAGCACAUCUACUCUUCCUUCUACCAGCUGGGUAUGUUAGUUUCAUACAUGCAUGCUUAUGUUAUAUGCUCUUUGUUGAAACUUGCUCUACGUAAAUGCAUGCUUAUAUACUUCGACUGUAUAUUAUAACAGGGAGAGAUUGAUCCAUAUAUAACUAGCGAUGAUGAUGAUGCGAAAUCUGGCGGCUGUUGCUUUGCUUUUGUUCAUGCUGACGAUCAGCUGCAGCGGCUUGGAAGCGUCGAGGAAAGUCUUGGUCGGCAAUAGGAAGCUCGAAGCGGGGCAAGAACGUCUAGCGGUUGCUGGCGGUGGAGAGAAGAGCUACGAGCUGAUACAUAGACAACAGCUCCAGGUUGAUGAUGACCGUCAGGGGAAUAGUAAUGGCGGGAAGAGUGAUGUGAACUACAGUAAUAAAGAUAACAAUAAUAAUACGAAUCACAACAACGGUGGCGGUGCUGCCAACCGUGGGCCAAGCACGGUGAACAAUCACCACUACAUACCCCGGCAGGAUUUCAACAACUACGGCGGCGAUGGUGGCGGCGGAAGUGGUUAAUUGUUUGUUUGUGACCGAAUGACCGAUCAAUUACCAUAAGUUAUUGAAGGAAGAGCUAGCCUUAAUUCUACUUGCGUACUAAUAAGGAAUUAAUGUUUCCAACUUUCCAUGCUCUGUAUGUGUGCAUGGCCUUCUUGUAUGGCUUUAUAUAUGUGUAAUAUUACACAUAUAAUAAGUAGUUGUAUAUAAUACUUGUAUCGUAUAUAAUAUGGAUCCACAUAUAUUGUUGGAGAUGAAUUGGAGAUUAAUUCAAUCACUAUAUAUAUCUAGAUUGUCACCGCUAUGGUUAUAGAAGAACUUUGCAAGGCUUUGGGUUAUGUAAGUUGAAACUUGAAUAUAUACUAUUUUAACCUAAAUAUAUCACGAGAUUGUUUGGAUGACGGAAUGUAAAAAUGAAAGGUUUGAAAACUCUGAUAAAUUGAAGUCAAACCCUUUCUAUAUUUAUGGAUCAAGGUUUUCAAUAAAAAACACCCUAAAUUCAAUUUUGCCCUUUCUUGUCUUCAAUGGGACUAUGCCCCUCGAUUUGCCUCCUUCGUCACUCUUCGUUGUCAAUCCCGCACUAACCUGUAAAUUGUAAAAUGUUGAGAGGAGAAGCCAAGCAAGGUGACGACUGAAAAUCGUCCAACCCAUAAAUCAUCCAACACUUGUAGAUUCGAGUUCCGGGUUUGAGAAUAAGAUCGAAAACAAUUCCAUAAAUUACCGUCCCAGUCAUUCUUUACUGUCGUCGAAGACGAGAGAUUAUGAAUAAUGAAGACGGGGAGGAGACAGAAGUGUUGAUCCAGUGAGAGGAUAAAGUUUGAAAGAAAAGAAGAAGAAAAAUAGUGGAUUUCAAAAUAGUUGGGUGUCAAUUAUUAUUUUUGUAAUACUUCACGUGAAGGUUUUCGAAAUUCGUCAGGGUUCAAAUUCUACCUAUUUGUCCACUUCACAAAGGAAGGAUUUUGUGUGAAAUCCAACAGAAAGAAAUUUAACCAGAAUCCCUCAUCCCAAUUCCAAACCAAAUAUGUACAACUUCACCCCCUCUGGCCUCUGCUCUGAAUGGAAUAAGUUGGGGCUGGAUUUCUACUCUUGUACAGAAUCCACAGAAAGAAGCCCAAGGUUUUCAAGCUUGAGUCUACCAAACCAAGCCGAUAAAGGCCUUUCAGAGUUCAAUCCCUGCAAGGCCCAUUGCCCAGCCAAAGGCCCAAUUAAGCAACCCUCGUGUGGAAGCGCAAGCUCCGACUCCGAACACAUGUUUUGAUAAUUGAUACCAAGAAAUGGAAGAGGAAACUUAAACCAUGGAUGUAAUAAUUAAUAAGAAACGGAUUUCAAUUGUCCCUUUUUUUUUUGUCAACUCUCUAUGUUGUAUCUUUUUUUUCUUCAUACAAUUAUGUCAAACCAGUUAUUAUCAAUAACUCGAAUUGUUAGAA